AUGAGAGAAAUUUAUUCAUGCACAUGGCCUUUUGCAAUCACGACGGUGCUGUUCGUCGUUUUUCUUGCUAAGUUUUUGAAAGACAAGAAGAAGAAUGUGAUAGAAAGCAAACACAAACUGCCACCAGGAAGAAGAGGCUGGCCUCUAAUUGGAGACAGCUUCAGUUGGUACAAUGCCGUUGCGAGUUCUCAUCCCCCACGAUUCGUUGAAGAGCAAAUUAAAAGGUUUGGGAAAAUAUUUUCGUGCAGUCUGUUUGGAAAACGGGCUGUGGUAUCCGCAGACCCGAGUUUUAAUCGGUUCGUAAUCCAAAAUGAAGGAAAACUGUUUCAGUCCAGCUAUCCAAAAUCUUUCAGAGACUUAGUAGGUAAAAAUGGGGUGAUCACAGUGCAAGGAGAGCAACAAAGGAAACUCCAUGGCAUUGCCUCCAAUAUGAUGCGCCUAGAGAAGCUUAAAUUCCAUUUCUUGGAAGAUAUCCAAAGGGUUAUGCUCAACACAUUGACCAAUUUCCAGGACAACCAAAUCAUACUUCUCCAAGAUGUUUGCAGAAAGGUGACUAUUAAUCUAAUAGUUAAUCAACUUUUGGGCGUAACAACCGAGUCUGAGAUCACUGAAAUGGCUCAGUUUUUCUCCGAUUUUGUUGACGGCUGUCUCUCUGUUCCGAUCAAUUUUCCUGGCUCUGCUUAUCACACUGCCAUGAAGAGCUCUCAAGCAACUCUUGGUACGUACUUCUCCAUAUAG